GCAACAACACCACCAACAAACAGCCACAAUGAAGGUUCUAGUCUCUGCCUUCCUUCUGUUGCUGCCAGCCAUGCUCACAGUCUCCAGCAGACCAGAUCCAGGGGUCGCCAAAAGCCAUGGGGACCAACGCCAGGUUUCUGGGAGGUGGCUCCAGGAAGGCGGCCAAGAGUGUGAAUGCAGAGAUUGGUUCCUGAGAGCCCCGAAGAGAAAAUCCACACCAGUGCUGGAAUCACCAAAGAAGCAGUGUCCCUGUGAUCAUGUCAAGGACAGCGAGAAAAAAAACAGACACCAAAAGCACCACCGGAAGCCAAAGAGGCCCUCCAGAACCUGCCAGCAAUUUCUCAAACGAUGUCAACUAGCAAGUUUCUCUCUGCCCUUAUAGUUCUGAUACUCUACUCUCUCAAGUGGACACUCUCAGUGGAAAAGAGGUGAUCAACCCUAGAGCGUGUUCUUGCUCUCCCCACCCCAUCCUCACCAACAGCAUCCCAGUGCUCUCAGAAGGCACUGCCCAGCAUAUUGGUUACUGUGCCCUCUACUGUCAUCUUCUCUCAUCACUAUUGAUUUCAGUAUGGGUUAAAUAAUUUAAAAAUGACAGAGCCUCCAUUCCUUUUGUUAUUCAGCUCCCAAACCUGUUCCCAGAAUCUUAUGUUGGUACUUUUAUUUCUUAGGUGAAAUAAGUUUCAUGUUCCUAUUGUGUAGACUGUUUUUUCAAACCAACACACCACAAAGACCUUCUGAAAAACCUGGUAUAUUUGACAGGCUUUCUGAAACUGGCCAAUCAAAAUGUCAAAAACUUUGACAAUAUGUUAGUGCUAAAUGUUAAUAGCAAAAAGUUCUGCUUUUGUUUAAGCUUUGCUUGCUUGCAGAAGUAAUGAAGGACCUAUAGAAGAUUCUCUCUGCUGCAGCUGAGGGCCACUUACAUUCUCCUACUCCUAAGGAGGGGGCUAUAAGUUAGGCCCAGCCAUGAAUAAA